CGGCGCUGAGCUGCGCCGCGCUGCGCUCUGCUCCAGCCCCGACCGGGCCGAGGCUGCUGGAUGCCGCGUCUCCGUUUCUGCUGCCUGCCGGGCGGGCUCCGGUGGCCGCAGCAAAGUGGGGCACCAAGGCCCUGUGCUAAGCACUCAUAAUCCUCUGGGGGUGCUACCCCAUACAAACAGCACCCCCACCAUGUUUAACCUAAUGAAGAAAGACAAGGACAAAGAUGGCGGGCGGAAGGAGAAGAAGGAGAAAAAGGAGAAAAAGGAGCGGAUGUCAGCGGCAGAGCUUCGGAGCCUGGAGGAGAUGAGCCUGCGACGCGGCUUCUUCAACCUGAACCGCUCCUCCAAGCGUGAAUCCAAGACGCGCCUGGAAAUCUCCAACCCUAUCCCCAUCAAGGUGGCCAGCGGCUCUGACCUGCACCUAACUGACAUUGACUCCGACAGUAACCGGGGCAGCAUCAUCCUGGACUCGGGCCAUCUAAGCACAGCCAGCUCCAGCGAUGACCUCAAGGGUGAGGAGGGCAGCUUCCGUGGCUCGGUGCUGCAGCGGGCAGCCAAGUUCGGCUCACUGGCCAAGCAGAACUCACAGAUGAUUGUCAAGCGCUUUUCCUUCUCCCAGCGUAGCCGGGAUGAGAGCGCCUCAGAAACCUCGACGCCCUCAGAGCACUCUGCCGCCCCCUCACCACAGGUGGAGGUGAGGACUCUAGAGGGACAGCUGGUGCAGCAUCCUGGCCCAGGCAUCCCUCGACCAGGGCACCGAUCCCGAGCCCCUGAGCUAGUGACUAAAAAGUUCCCAGUCGACCUGCGCCUGCCUCCCGUGGUGCCCCUGCCCCCACCUGCCCUCCGGGAGCUGGAGCUGCAACGUCGGCCCACUGGAGACUUUGGCUUCUCCCUGCGGCGCACAACCAUGCUGGAUCGCGGCCCUGAGGGCCAGGCCUAUCGGCGGGUGGUCCACUUUGCUGAGCCUGGUGCAGGCACCAAGGACCUGGCCUUGGGGCUGGUGCCAGGAGAUCGACUGGUGGAGAUUAAUGGGCACAAUGUGGAGAGCAAGUCCAGGGAUGAAAUUGUGGAGAUGAUCCGGCAGUCAGGGGACAGCGUACGGCUCAAGGUGCAGCCCAUUCCAGAGCUCAGCGAACUCAGCAGGAGCUGGCUGAGGAGCGGCCAGGGACCUCGCAGGGAGCCAUCCGAUGCAGGAGCUGCCAAGGUCCAGCUGACCCCCGUGGAAGAGGCCCACCAGCGGCUGGAGAGGAUCUUCACAGCUUCUGCGAAGACAGAAGAGCAGAUUGCAGCGGAGGAGGCCUGGAAUGAGACGGAGAAGGUGUGGCUGGUCCAUAGGGACGGCUUCUCACUGGCCAGUCAACUCAAAUCCGAGGAGCUCAGCUUGCCUGAGGGGAAGGUGCGCGUGAAGCUGGACCACGAUGGGGCCAUCCUGGAUGUGGAUGAGGAUGACGUGGAGAAGGCUAAUGCUCCCUCCUGCGACCGUCUGGAGGAUCUGGCCUCACUGGUGUACCUCAAUGAGUCCAGUGUCCUGCACACCUUGCGCCAGCGCUAUGGCGCUAGCCUGCUGCACACGUAUGCUGGCCCCAGCCUGCUGGUUCUUGGCCCCCGUGGGGCCCCUGCUGUGUACUCCGAGAAGGUGAUGCACAUGUUCAAGGGGUGUCGGCGGGAGGACAUGGCACCCCACAUCUAUGCCGUGGCCCAGACCGCAUACAGGGCGAUGCUGAUGAGCCGUCAGGACCAGUCGAUCAUCCUCCUGGGUAGUAGUGGCAGUGGCAAGACCACCAGCUGCCAGCAUCUGGUGCAGUACCUGGCCACCAUCGCGGGCAUCAGCGGGAACAAGGUGUUUUCUGUGGAGAAGUGGCAGGCUCUGUACACCCUCCUGGAAGCCUUUGGGAACAGCCCCACCAUCAUGAACGGCAAUGCCACCCGCUUCUCCCAGAUCCUCUCCCUGGACUUUGACCAAGCUGGCCAGGUGGCCUCAGCCUCCAUUCAGACAAUGCUUCUGGAGAAGCUUCGUGUGGCUCGGCGCCCAGCCAGUGAGGCCACAUUCAACGUCUUCUACUACCUGCUGGCCUGUGGGGAUGGCACCCUCAGGACAGAGCUCCACCUCAGCCACUUGGCAGAGAACAAUGUGUUUGGGAUUGUGCCACUGGCCAAGCCUGAGGAAAAGCAGAAGGCAGCUCAGCAGUUUAGUAAGCUGCAGGCGGCCAUGAAGGUGCUGGGCAUCUCCCCCGAUGAACAGAAGGCCUGCUGGCUCAUUCUGGCUGCCAUCUACCACCUGGGGGCUGCGGGAGCCACCAAAGAAGCUGCUGAAGCUGGGCGCAAGCAGUUUGCCCGCCAUGAGUGGGCCCAGAAGGCUGCGUACCUACUGGGCUGCAGCCUAGAGGAGCUGUCUUCAGCCAUCUUCAAGCACCAGCACAAGGGUGGCACUCUGCAGCGCUCCACCUCUUUCCGCCAGGGCCCCGAGGAGAGUGGCCUGGGAGAUGGGACAGGCCCGAAACUGAGUGCGCUGGAGUGCCUUGAGGGCAUGGCAGCUGGCCUCUACAGCGAGCUCUUCACCCUUCUCGUCUCCCUGGUGAACAGGGCUCUCAAGUCCAGCCAGCACUCGCUCUGCUCCAUGAUGAUUGUCGACACCCCGGGUUUCCAGAACCCUGAGCAGGGUGGGUCGGCCCGCGGAGCCUCCUUUGAAGAGCUGUGCCACAACUACACCCAGGACCGGCUGCAGAGGCUCUUCCACGAGCGCACCUUCGUGCAGGAGUUGGAAAGAUACAAGGAGGAGAACAUCGAGCUGGCGUUUGAUGACUUGGAGUCCCCCACGGAUGACUCUGUGGCUGCUGUGGACCAGGCCUCCCAUCAGUCCCUGGUCCGCUCACUGGCCCGCACAGACGAGGCAAGGGGCCUGCUCUGGCUAUUGGAAGAGGAGGCUCUGGUGCCAGGAGCCAGUGAGGACACCCUCCUGGAGCGCCUUUUCUCCUAUUAUGGCCCCCAGGAAGGUGACAAAAAAGGCCAAAGCCCCCUUCUGCGCAGCAGCAAACCACACCACUUUCUCCUGGGCCACAGCCAUGGCACCAACUGGGUAGAGUACAACGUGACUGGCUGGCUGAACUACACCAAGCAGAACCCAGCCACCCAGAAUGCCCCCCGGCUCCUGCAGGACUCCCAGAAAAAAAUCAUCAGCAACCUGUUUCUGGGCCGCGCAGGCAGUGCCACGGUGCUCUCUGGCUCCAUUGCGGGCCUGGAGGGCGGCUCGCAGCUGGCACUGCGCCGGGCCACCAGCAUGCGGAAGACCUUUACCACGGGCAUGGCGGCUGUCAAAAAGAAGUCACUGUGCAUCCAGAUGAAGCUGCAGGUGGAUGCCCUCAUCGACACCAUCAAGAAGUCGAAGCUGCAUUUUGUGCACUGCUUCCUGCCUGUGGCUGAGGGCUGGGCUGGGGAGCCCCGUUCCGCCUCCUCCCGCCGAGUCAGCAGCAGCAGUGAGCUGGACCUGCCCUCAGGAGACCACUGCGAGGCUGGGCUCCUGCAGCUCGACGUGCCCCUGCUCCGCACCCAGCUCCGCGGCUCCCGCCUGCUCGAUGCCAUGCGCAUGUACCGCCAAGGUUACCCUGACCACAUGGUGUUUUCUGAGUUCCGCCGCCGCUUUGAUGUCCUGGCCCCGCACCUGACCAAGAAACACGGGCGUAACUACAUCGUAGUGGAUGAAAGGCGGGCGGUGGAGGAGCUGCUGGAGUGCUUGGAUCUGGAGAAGAGCAGCUGCUGCAUGGGCCUGAGCCGGGUGUUCUUCCGGGCGGGUACCUUGGCACGGCUGGAGGAGCAGCGGGAUGAACAAACCAGCAGGAACCUAACCCUUUUCCAAGCAGCCUGCCGGGGCUACCUGGCCCGCCAGCACUUUAAGAAGAGAAAGAUCCAGGACCUGGCCAUUCGCUGUGUUCAGAAGAACAUCAAGAAGAACAAAGGGGUGAAGGACUGGCCCUGGUGGAAGCUCUUUACCACAGUGAGGCCCCUCAUUGAAGUACAGCUGUCAGAGGAGCAGAUCCGGAACAAAGACGAGGAGAUCCAGCAGCUGCGGAGCAAGCUCGAGAAGGUAGAGAAGGAGCGAAACGAGCUGCGGCUCAACAGUGACCGGCUGGAGAGCCGGAUCUCGGAGCUGACAUCGGAGCUGACAGAUGAGCGUAACACAGGAGAGUCUGCUUCCCAGCUGCUGGAUGCGGAGACAGCAGAGAGGCUCCGGGCUGAGAAGGAGAUGAAGGAAUUGCAGACACAGUACGAUGCACUGAAGAAGCAGAUGGAGGUUAUGGAAAUGGAGGUGAUGGAGGCCCGUCUCAUCCGGGCAGCGGAGAUCAACGGGGAAGUGGAUGAUGAUGAUGCAGGUGGCGAGUGGCGGCUGAAGUACGAGCGGGCUGUGCGGGAGGUGGACUUCACCAAGAAACGGCUCCAGCAGGAGUUUGAGGACAAGCUGGAGGUGGAGCAGCAGAACAAGAGGCAGCUGGAGCGGCGGCUCGGGGACCUGCAGGCAGACAGUGAGGAGAGUCAGCGGGCUCUGCAGCAGCUCAAGAAGAAGUGCCAGCGGCUGACGGCUGAGCUGCAGGACACCAAGCUGCACCUGGAGGGCCAGCAGGUCCGCAACCACGAGCUGGAGAAGAAGCAGAGGAGGUUUGACAGUGAGCUCUCGCAGGCACAUGAGGAGGCCCAGCGGGAGAAGCUGCAGCGGGAGAAGCUGCAGCGGGAGAAGGACAUGCUCCUUGCUGAGGCUUUCAGCCUGAAGCAGCAACUAGAGGAAAAGGACAUGGAUAUUGCAGGGUUCACCCAGAAGGUUGUAUCUCUAGAGGCAGAGCUCCAGGACAUUUCUUCCCAAGAGUCCAAGGAUGAGGCUUCUCUGGCCAAGGUCAAGAAACAGCUCCGGGACCUGGAGGCCAAAGUCAAGGAUCAGGAAGAAGAGCUGGAUGAGCAGGCAGGGACCAUCCAGAUGCUGGAGCAGGCCAAGCUGCGUCUGGAGAUGGAGAUGGAGCGGAUGAGACAGACCCAUUCUAAGGAGAUGGAGAGUCGGGAUGAGGAGGUGGAGGAGGCCCGGCAGUCGUGUCAGAAGAAGUUAAAACAGAUGGAGGUUCAGCUGGAGGAAGAGUAUGAGGACAAGCAGAAGGUGCUGCGAGAGAAGCGGGAGCUGGAAGGCAAGCUCGCCACCCUCAGCGACCAGGUGAACCGGCGGGACUUUGAGUCAGAGAAGCGGCUGCGGAAGGACCUGAAGCGCACCAAGGCCCUGCUGGCGGAUGCCCAGCUCAUGCUGGACCACCUGAAGAACAGCGCUCCCAGCAAGCGAGAGAUCGCCCAGCUUAAGAACCAGCUAGAGGAGUCAGAGUUCACCUGUGCCGCAGCUGUGAAAGCACGGAAAGCAAUGGAGGUAGAGAUCGAAGACCUGCACCUGCAGAUUGAUGACAUCGCCAAAGCCAAGACAGUGCUGGAGGAGCAGCUGAGCCGCCUUCAGCGUGAGAAGAAUGAAAUCCAGAACCGGCUGGAGGAGGAUCAGGAAGACAUGAACGAAUUGAUGAAAAAGCACAAGGCUGCGGUGGCUCAGGCUUCCCGGGACCUGGCUCAGAUAAAUGAUCUCCAAGCUCAGCUAGAAGAGGCCAACAAAGAGAAGCAGGAGCUGCAGGAGAAGCUACAAGCCCUCCAGAGCCAGGUGGAGUUCCUGGAACAGUCCAUGGUGGACAAGUCCCUGGUGAGCAGGCAGGAAGCUAAGAUACGGGAGCUGGAGACACGCCUGGAGUUUGAAAGGACGCAAGUGAAACGGCUGGAGAGCCUGGCUAGCCGGCUCAAGGAAAACAUGGAGAAGCUUACUGAGGAGCGGGAUCAGCGCAUUGCAGCCGAGAACCGGGAGAAGGAACAGAACAAGUGGCUACAGAGGCAGCUCCGGGACACCAAGGAGGAGAUGGGCGAGCUUGCCAGGAAGGAGGCCGAGGCGAGCCGCAAGAAGCACGAACUGGAGAUGGAUCUAGAAAGCCUGGAGGCUGCUAACCAGAGCCUGCAGGCUGACCUAAAGCUGGCAUUCAAGCGCAUCGGGGACCUGCAGGCCGCCAUCGAGGAUGAGAUGGAGAGUGAUGAGAAUGAGGACCUCAUCAACAGUGAGGGAGACUCGGAUGUGGACUCGGAGCUGGAGGACCGGGUCGACGGGGUCAAGUCCUGGUUGUCGAAAACCAAGGGACCUUCCAAGGCAGCUUCUGAUGAUGGCAGCUUAAAGAGUUCCAGCCCCACCAGCUACUGGAAGUCCCUUGCCCCUGACCGGUCAGAUGAUGAGCACGACCCUCUCGACAACACCUCCAGACCCCGACACUCCCACAGCUAUCUGAGUGACAGCGACACAGAGGCCAAGCUGACGGAGACUAACGCGUAGCCCAGGGGAGUAGUUCGCAGCCCUUUCACCCCACGGCCUGUGGCUGCCUGGGCACCACUCCCAGGAAGUGGUGGGGCCCCAGUCUCCCCCACCCGACUGCUGAUCUGCAUGGGAAACACCCUGACCUCCUUCUGUCAGGGGGACUUUCCAGGCUAUGGGUGUCUGAUGUCUCCACGUGGAAGAGGUGGGGGAAAGAGGAGUUUCUGAAGAGAACUUUUUGCUCCUCUCUGCCUCAAAAUGCCAGAUUCUUGGCUCUACCCUGGGCCACCGUGGACAAUGGCAGGUGGCCUGGCACUGCAUGGCGCCAGCACAUCGACCUCCCUCUCAGCUCCCUGCUCAGGGACGGUGGACAGGUUGCCUACUGGGACACUCUAGGUUGCUGGGUCCAUGGGGAGGAUUGGGGGAGGAGCAGCAAUGCCUUCCCUCUCGUGUGGGGUGGGGGCUCUCUUCUUGGUGCCUGCUGUCUUUCUAGUUUUUAAUUUAAAUACCCAACCUCUCCAUCACAGCUGCAUCCCUGAGAGUGGGAGGGGGCUGCAGUGGUAGCUGGGGCUCCCAAGAAUGACUCGGGAAUGUCAUCUGCAUCUUCACCCUUGAGACAGCAGUCCUUUCUCUGUGCAGCUGGAGACACUGGUGAGCAGAGCCGGGUCCAGGUUCUUAAGAAUGAGGUCAGGAGGGGCUCUCCAGUACUGCUGGGCUGGGUUGAGCAAGCCUAUACAAACAAGUGUGCGUGUGGACCAUCCGCACCUCCGGCCCCCACCCUACCCUCUUUGUCUCAGCGUGUUAUGUGCAAUGACCUAUUUAAUUAAGAUAAACUCAUUCCACCUACAGCAGUUCAGGGCUGAUCCAAGCACUGCCUCCCUCCUGCUCUGUCCAGGUAGCCUGGACCAUAAACACAACUUGAGAGGGAAGACUUGGGGUUGAGGGCUUGUCAUCAGAAAAACUGAAGAUGGAAGUUUUGGCCAGUGGUCAUUAGACAUGAGUCCUCACUCUGUGUCCUGAGCCCAUGUCAUUCUUCUUCUUCCAACCUCCCUGCCCCCAGACACAACACCAUGUGAUCUGGAGGUCCCAUCCCCCACCCUAAAAAGGUUAUCCCUAACAACUCCACCAGACUUGGGAGCCCAAGGGCAGUGCCUGGUGCUGCUCCCAUCUGCCACCCCUCUUCUCUCCUGCAAUUGGUUUGUACUCACUGGGCUGUGCUCUCCCCUGUUUACCCAAUGUAUGGAAAUAAAGGCCCUUUUCCUCCUGGC